GGCAGAGGAAGCUGCUACAGAGAGGACCAAGCCCAGGAUGCACACCAGGACCACCAAUGAUGACACACUGACAGAGUGGCUGCGGACCAGCCAGAUGCCGCUCUAUAGUGUAGCAGAGGCUGGCUCCGAUUUGAUCCAAAGGGAAGGUCAGAGAAAGUGGCUUCAUGAUGAACAGAAUGAUGAGAUACUGCAAGAGCUGUGGAGAGCAAGGCCUUUGAUGUUUUACAAACCUGGACUUGUUCAAAAUGGACAUUUUUAUAAUGAACUCUUGUUAAAGACUAAAACACCUCAGUGGCAGAAAUAUGGAAAGAGGUUACAUUAA